CCGGGGAUGAUUAUCUGGUCCAAUUUUUUUAAUCAUUGCCUUAUUUGAGCCUCCUUAUUUAUGUACUGUCCUUGAUUCAAUUUUAGAGCCUAAACAUAUAAAUCCAGGCUAAACGAAAGACUGUGAAUUACAGGUAGGACUACAAUGCAAUGACUGGUAGAGUAUGUCCUUGUUUAGAAAGUUACUUGGGAAUCAGGAUGGGGGUGGACAGAAGGCACCCCCAUCUGGUUUACAGACUAUGGGAGUACAGCUACAGAGGAAGUUUGCUAGAGGAGUCCAGUAUAACAUGAAAAUAGUGAUUCGAGGAGACAGAAAUGUUGGGAAAUCAUGUUUAUUUCAUAGAUUACAAGGUCACAAGUUUAAAGAAGAAUACAUUCCGACAGAAGAAAUUCAGGUUUGCAAUAUACAAUGGAACUAUAAAACCACAGAUGAUGUAGUAAAGGUCGAAAUUUGGGAUGUGGUAGAUAAAGGCAAAAAGAAAAAGAAACCUGAAGGACUUAAAAUGGAUAACUCAGUCAAGGAUGCCCCUGAUGAGCCAUGUUUGGAUGCAGAGUUUAUGGAUGUAUAUAAAGGAAGUCAUGGUGUUAUAUUGAUGUAUGACAUAACAAAACAAUGGACAUUUACUUAUGUAGAGAGAGAGAUGGAGAAGGUUCCAGCACAUAUCCCAGUGUUAGUUCUAGGUAACCACAGGGACAUGGGACAUCAUCGUACAGUCACGGAAGAUAAAGCUCGUUAUUACUGCCAGCAUUAUGACAGACCAGAGGGUUCAGGUGAAGUGAGGUAUGCUGAAUCGUCUAUGUGUAAUGGCUUUGGUCUGAGAUAUCUGCACAAGUUCUUCAAUCUGCCUUAUCUACAGCUCCAGAGAGAAUCCUUAUUGAAGCAGCUAGAGGUCAAUUCAGAAGACUUUAGGUCAACUGUAGAAGAAUUGGAUAUCCAUGAAGAAUCAGAAGAACAAAAUUAUGAUGUGUUCAUUGAUAAUUUAAGCAAUAAAAGAAGACAGCAACAAGACAAAUUUUCUGGGUCAGCUACGUCAGAGUCUGAUCUCAAACAAGAGGUUAUCAUAGAGAACUCUUCAGCCAGUGGAGUGCCAAAAUCAUUAUCUAUGCCGGCUUUACAACAGACAACUAUUUCUAAUAAAUCUGAAUCAAAAACACCAACAAACCAGGAAUCAGUUCCUCCCGUUAGUUCUCCUGAAGAAAAACCAGCAAAACAAGUCAAAUCACCAAAUCAGACUCCGGCCAAACCAACAGAACCAGAGCAAAAAACUGGUUUCUUUUCCAGACUUUUUAAGAGUAAAGAAACUCAUGUGGAGAAAAAAGAUGUAAAAGAAAAAAUAAAGGAAGAUGAUCCAGUUACAAAUGUGGAUGAGUUCAUUCCAGAUGGAGGGGCAAUUGAUGCUAGCUUCUUGGAUGAUUCCAAAGACACUAAGGAUAGUGGAAAAAUUAAGAAUGUGGAAGAAAGUGAUAGUGAGGAUGAAGGUAAUCCAAUGGUAGCAGGAUUCCAAGAUGAUUUAGACUCUGAUGAUAAUUUUAUUCCUACACAAGUUGCAAGUGAUGAUAGUGACUCUGAUCAUGAUAAUAUGCAGAUUCAAUCUAAAUCAAACAUUCAAAGGAAACAGAGCACUGAGUCAGAUGUAAAUCAUUUUAAUAACACUGAAUCAAACGCAAAAGAAAUUGAGAGUGAAGACUCUGAUCAUAACAUUCCAGUAACUAAGGAUGAAUCAGAUAUUGAUGAUAAUCCAGUCACUCAGGUAACAGUUGCUGCUGAUGAUUCAGACAUAGAAGAAAAUGUGAACAGUCAAGUGUUAGUUACUGACGAUGUGUCAGACAUUGAUGAAAAUUUGGAUAGUCAUGUGACUGUUGCCGCUGAUCAGGAUAUUAGUGACGAUGACACUGUAGAUAAAGACAAGGAAAUGAAUAAUGUGACAGAAAAUACUACAGCAGACCAACGACUUAGAAGUGAUUCUGACCUUGGACAGCAACCUGAUUUUGGUGAUUGGCUAGAUACGUUAGAAAGUAAAAAUAAAAAGGAUGCAAAAACUAGUCACGUUUCAAAAGACAAAAUUGAUGUGCUUGGUACUGAUGUAAUAAAGAAAAAGAAAAAGAAGAAAAGAGACAAAGAAGAAAUGGUUGAUGAUGACAAGAAAAAAAGUAAAAAGAAAGACAAAAGUAAAACAAAAAAAGAAAAGAAGAAGAAAAAGAAAGAUUCAGAUGAAGAAGAUUUAGAAACUUUUUUAAAUGAUGUCCCUUCACAACCAAGUGGAGAUUAUGAUGAAUUGUGAUGAAUGGUUACAGGGGGAUUUUAACACAUAGCUAUAUAAGAUAUAGUUAAAUCAAUUAUGUCAAUUAAAAGAAAGAAGCUUGUUAUAUAUAUAUGCUGAAAAGAGAGUAUGCUACUAGUACUACUAGACUACAAUGUAUGCCAUACAAAAUAAAUCAAUAUGGUGGCUUUAUAGAUCACAUGAGAUCUCAAUCUUCAAAUUUUUGAAUUCCGUAAUUUGAACUACUUGAUUGUUUGGUAACAUGGUAUGUUAUAAAAAAUAAAUCAAUAUGGCGGCUACGUAAAAGUAUACAUUACAUGAGAUCUCAUAUUUCAAAUUUUUAAUUCCUUUAUUUGAACUUAAUACAUGUACAUGUAGUGGUAAAAGAAAUUCCAAUCAAAAUUGGCUGGGAUAAACCACUAACCUGCAAGGCAUUGACUCUAUGAUUAUAAUGGCUAUUUUUAAAUUAUUUUAUUACUUUCCUUUUGAAUGUUUACAAGAGGGUUUGAGUUAUUUGAAAAACAGAAAACAUGAAUAUUUUUUUUAAUUAUUAUUAUGCAUACAAAUUGUUGAGGCCCAUCUAUAACAUUGUCAUUAUACUGGAUCCAGACUUAACCCUUACCAUAUUGUUGAUAGGCUAUAGUACAUUACAGUGGAUUUCAUCAACCCAUAUAAAUAUAAAUAUAUAUAUAUAUAAAACAGUAUCCAAUUCUUCCAAUAAAAUAACAAAUACUGUACUUUUUUUAAUAGGAAAACUUUCAAGUGAUUGAAACUGUUCCAUGUUAACAUAUUUACUAGAUAAAGAGAUUUAAAGUGCUUUUUAUGAAUCAACCUCUAGGUUAUUUUCUUUACACAUUUAAGUUAAUCCAAACAAAAAGCCAAAAUUAUAUCUGAGUGUAAAUAUAUACUUUUAGGACCAUGUGACUUGUGCACAAAAAUCAUUGUCAGGUGUUAGAAUUACCUAUGAAUAAUAUCUUGGUUUACUUGAUUCCUAUGCACUAAGUGAUAUUUUGAAUGGAAAUAAAUCUAAAUAUUCUUAAUAAAUGUGAUUCUGCUUUACAUACAGAAUUGUACAUUAUGUAAAAACUUACUAAUCAAUCAUGAAACAUAUUUGCAUCUCAGUUCAGGUGAUUGUGUUGCCACAUGCACCAGAAUACUGUAAUUCUGAAUUUUUUGUGAUGUAUCAUUACUGCAAAAAAACUUGCAUUAAAGAUUGCAAUGGCAAUAUUCUGGCUCAAAAAAUGUUUAAAACUACUAUCUUAAAUUUGCUUAAAGUUACCUGGUAAAAUGAGGUAAUUUUGAAUGAGACAUAAGGGAGAAACCCCACUUGAGCCCCAUAUUUGAAUGCAACAUUUUCUGAUAUUGCAUUAAUUAGUAUUGCCUUUCAAUUGCAUGCAAAAUUCAUGUAAUAAAAGUUGAACUAAUAGUUAUUAUAGCAUUCACAUUUGUAAGUUUUAGUGUAAGGAUAAAUUCAGUAUAGUAAUUAGUAUAGCCUUAUAUGGGUUGGGUCCUCUAAAGUAAACAGAGGACUUUUGAAGGCUUGAACAUAGAAAUAUUAACCAUCUUUUACAAAGCAAAAGUUCCACAUUCUUAUCUUCCACUGUUGAUUCCGUUCCAUUGUAUACUGAGGUAACAUGGUUUACAGAAUAUACGGAACACAGAAGGUGCUUAAUGUGAAAAUAUUGAUGUUGGUAAGCUUUCACAGUUGUGGCUGGUGAUAUUUUGAUUGAAUCCGUUUGAAUUUUGUGUGUACAGUAAAUUAGUGUUAUGCAAUGUACGGUGAAAGAGAUAAAGACUUUGUUCUAGUCAAUGGUUAUAUGUUUAAAAUAAUGAUAUUCAUGGUACCAAAAUGUAAUGCUUUAAAAUUAAACAUCUGUUAUGUCAAGUUCCAGACUUGAUAUUUGAGGGUCUGGAUGGGGGGGGGGUUCCUUCAUUUCUGUAUUUUUUAUUUUUUAGCCAGUUUUUCUCCAUUAUUCAUAUUUUUUGGCACAUUAUUCUCUAUUCUUUAUUUUUUUUGGUCCAUUUUUCUCUAUUCUUUAUUUAUGUUGCUCUUUAUUCUGCACAUUUUGCUUAUUAUUCUCUAUAUUGUAAACCCCAUCCAGACCCUCAUAUUAAGUAUAUUUGUUAAGAUAUUACGAAAUGGAUUUUGUUUUUAAAUAGUUUUUAAAAUGUUUUAAUUUAAUGUGAUAUUGAAAAGUGUGGUAUGGUUGUAUUUGUUAAGUUUGUUUAGAAAUGAGUUCAAUUUGGAAACUCAUCAUUGCAAAAACAAAAAUGCAUAUUAUUUUAAUUUUUCUUUGUUUAUGCCAAAAAUGUAUUCUCUUAUAAUUUAUGUCAAAAACUUAUUUGAGAAAAGUACACAACUUGUUCCAUAUCAUUGCAAAUUUUGAAUAAAUUUGAAAAAUCA